AUGUCUCCCGCUAUCUUCAACAGCAAAGAUGGCACCAACAGCUCAAGGGACUCCACGACGUCCUCAGAACACAAAGUGAAGCGGCGCCUGGAGAGGGAAGGUGUGGAGGUGGAGCGCCGGGGGAAGGACAGAAAGCACUCGCACAAGAGACAGAGGGUGAAUAAAAAGAAGCAGCAGCGCCGGCCGGCCUCCACCUCAUCCUCCCCGCGCUCGGACUUCUCCCAGUCGGACGACUCCGAGGAGGAAAUGGCCGUGUGUCCUGCAGAGAGGUGCCAGCUGCCAGAGGGAGACGAGGUGGACUGGGUCCAGUGUGACGGCAGCUGCAACCAGUGGUUCCACCAGGUGUGUGUCGGAGUCACACCUGAGAUGGCCGAGAAGGAGGACUACGUUUGUGUCACAUGCACGCUGACCGACGGCCAUGGACGUGCACGCUGAACGAGGGCCAUGGACGUGCACGCUGAACGAGGGCCAUGGACGUGCACGCUGAACGAGGGCCAUGGGAGGAAAUGAAGGGGACGCAGAGGAUUUCCCUCAAGUCUGCGUGUCGUCAGUCCGUUAUUGGAGCCUGAAGUCUGGAUGUGUCACUGAUCCUGCCCCCCCCCGGUCUGUCCAAACUUUGUGUAACGAUGGUGCUAUCUCCUCUUUGACUCGUCGUCCAGAACUAUAAUGUUUAGUUUGUUUGGUUUUUUUGUACUUUUACAUAUAUAUUAUAUAUAUUUCUUUCUUGUUAUGAAUUGUUUGUGGUUGUCUAAAUGAAAAAAGCGUGCUGCAUGGGAAUUCAUUUCAUCAGCACAAAGGAGUCUUACACCAUGACCCCCCCCCCCCCCCCCCCACACACACACACACACACACACACACACACACACACACACACACAUAGAGUUAACUAAAGAUGAAUAUUUAUCUUCUUUGGACCCCUCUUUGCAUGUUUACCCAAAGUUAUGGAGACAGACUAUUAGGUUAUCACACCUCCCCCCCACUUUAGUAACUAUUACUUUUUUUUGGAAUCCAGUGUUUUGACAUGCAUCUGAUUUUAUUUAAUUAUUCCCCUUUAUUGUUUUGUUUUUUGUAAAAUAGGUUUAUUUAUCAGAGCAAUAACUUUUGUCUGAAUUGACUUACGGCUUGAUCUUGAAGUUGUGUUUUAGUGAUGGUGAUGUGAUGUACAGAGCUGCGCAGACAGACGAGCUGCAGCUGCGCAGACAGACAAGCGGCAGCUGCGCAGACAGACAAGCGGCAGCUGCAGCUGCGCAGACAGACGAGCUGCAGCUGCGCAGGCAGACAAGCGGCAGCUGCAGCUGCGCAGACAGAUGAGCUGCAGCUGCGCAGCAAGCUGAAGGAAGCACGCUGCAGACAUGCAGAUCCACAGAGUGUAACCCUGCAGACGACACGAGAAGACGGAAGAUGUUACGAGUUUUUAUUGUGGAAUAAAAGCCUUUUCUUCCACA